GAUAAUGAGAGCUCUCGAUUGGACUGCUGUUCUUUGUACGGGAGGCAGCUGCAGGCUCAGCUCCACAUUUGAAUGUACACCGGGAUUGGGAGGCAGCAGCUCCAUGGGCCAUCUGUCCCAGCGGCCGGUAGCAACAAAGACGGCAGCAGGAUGGUGCUGGUACAUGUUGGCUAUCUCGUUCUUCCAGUUUUGGGGUCUGUGAACAAUCGAGGUCCCACCUUUCCAAGGUGGCAGUCUUCUCAAGUCACUUGCUGCAGACAGCUUCAGCUCACUCAUCAAGACGAGCUUCCUCUGCCUUACUCUGUCGGGCCACAACCGGGCCUGCCCACCCAAGUGGCAUCGUCGCACCAGCUCGCAGCAUCCCCGCUGCCACUGCCACUGCCCCGGCCUCUGGCCACCUUAACGAGCCGCCGCUUCCAGGACCUGCCCUCAUACUUGCCUCAGCCGCUGCACCAGCAAUACCUCCUGCACCACCAGCUGCUCGAUGCCCAGCGGGGAAGGCUGCUACCGUUCCCCAGUUUUGUCUUGUUGUUUUGCAGGCGGAUGCAGGAAAGGGCACCUCCUUACCCUCCCCGCCUGCGGCCAGCCUUGGAUUUCACCAACCAUGCAGCUUCAGCAGUUGCAACGCAGCCCAGGUACCUGACUGAAGGCACUGACUGGGACAUCAGUGCAGAGGCAGGGUUACCUCACACACAAUACCAGUUCCUUCCAGUGCAUCACCUCCACCGUUACCUAGCAACACCCAGAAUACACCAUCUAUCCAGAGGUGUGUCUUCAACAUCAAUGGUUAUUCCUGAUCUAAGGAACUAUUCUUAUCCGCAUCUUCACGUGCUGACUCUCCAAGCUUUGAAUGUGGGACAGCAGAUUCCUGCUGUCAGAGAAAGUUAUGAGGAAUUGUUGCAGUUAGAGGUAAGACUGGGGACCAUGAGCCGGGGCCCCAUGCAGUAUAUGAUUGAGAAGUGGACCCUGCCACACAAAUAUAGGAAGAGAAUACAACUGGAGCUCAAAGAAGAUAAAAAUGAUGAAGAGGAAAUUGAUUUGGAUGAAAAGUGUACAAUUUGCCUCUGCAUGUUGGAGGAGGGAGAUGAUGUCAGGCGGCUCGCAUGCAUGCACCUGUUCCACCAGGUCUGUGUUGAUCAGUGGCUGGCCACCAGCAAGAAGUGUCCAAUCUGCCGAGUGGACAUCCAGGCGCAACUGUUCCCGGACAGCUGAUGGGACAAACGCACGGGACACAAUUCAAACAUGAGCAAAAAACGUUUCCUUCCCGGAGUGCGGGGAGAAAAACGUGGCCUUCUUACCAACGCUUUGCCUUUUAAGUGAUCCGUUUUGGAAACUGGAUCAAGCAUCAGCGCCCUCUGUUAAUGAGGGCUUUACAUUGUUUGGAGUAGAGAAUAGAAAUCCCGACCACUGAAUCCUGCGAGCUGGUACUCCCAGAGGCUAUUUAUCUUUCUUAUUAGAAUCUUUAUUUUCAUUAUUAUUGGACAAGAAAACGUAGAUUGAAUCACUCAAUAAUUCUCAAUAUUAUAAACGUGAGACGUAUAGACUAACUAAUCUCUCACUCAUGAUUUGGAAACGUCCAUCUAGGGUAACAACUGAGGAUGAGCCAAUUCCCAAAGUAAAGUUCCCACGCUCUUGUAUCCAAGUGACUACUUAUAUAGAGAUUGCUUAGAAUGAGUGCUUUACAUAUAGUGUCAUAGAGUCAUAGAGCCAGUGUGGAAACCAUCAGCCCAACUUACCGUCACUGGCCAACAAGUCCCAUCCAUCUGCACUAGUCCCACCUAUCUGAAUUUGGCCAUAUCUUUCUAAACCUGUCCUAUCCAUGUGCCGGUCUAAAUGUUUCUUAAACAUUGCAAUAUCUGCCUCAACUACCACCUCUGUCAGCUUGUUCCAUACACCUACCACCCUUUGUGUGAAAAGGUUACCCCCUCAGAUUCUUAUUAAAUCUUUCCCCCCUCACCUUGCACCCAUGUCCUCUGGUUCUCUAUUCCCCUACUCUGGGCAAGUGAUUCUGUGAGUCUAUCCGAUCUAUCUCUCUCAUGAUUUUGUACACCUCUAUAAGAUCACCCCUCAUCCCCUGGUGCUCCAAGGAAUAGAGUCCUAGGUUGCUCAAUCUAUAGCUCAGGCGCUUUGAGUCCUAGCAACAUCCUCGUAAAUCUUCUCUGCACCGUUUCCAGCAUGACAACAUUUUCCUAUAACACGGUGCCCAGAACUGAACUGAACACAAUACUAAAGACGGCCUCACCAAUGUCUUAAACAGCUGCAACAUGGCCUCCCAACUUCUAUAUUCAAUGAGGGUAGACACAAAAAGCUGGAGUAACUCAGCAGGACAGGCAGCAUCUCUGCAGAGAAGGAAUGGGUGACGUUUCGGGUCGAGACCCUUCUUCACUCACUAUAGUUUCACUGAAAAAAUAAACAAAGUGUUAUCAUUUAUGGUCCAGCCAAUCUUUAAAACUGAAAACGACAGGACUUGCUGUUUUUGCUUUGGUUAUUCAAACAUUUGCAGUAUUUAAAGAUGAUGCCUCUCUCGUUGUAUGGAGGUUGUGCCUCACAGCAAGACUAGCCGGAAGCCUUUAUUUCUUGGUUGAAACAGAAUUAAAAGGUUCUAUUGAAAGAUGCUUGAGGAAUCUCCCAGGAAAUCUACACAGUGACCCUGGCCCAGAGUGAUCUCAUGGAUCAAUAAAUUGCCACUCCGUCUCAUUGAUUGACUAGAAGAGUAACUGAUGGUGAUGAUCAGUAGUGAGUUAUUCAGGGUGAAAGGUGAUUAGUCUAUUUAGGGUGAAUGUUGGAGAAGAGGAAGGACCCUGGAUCUUAGUAUCUGAUAACAAGAUCCUGCAACUAUUUAUGGGAAUGUCAGACACACUCCUUUAGACUUGCUUAAUGAUUGAUUGUACUGUAGUAGACUGUAUUUUAAAACAUGCAGCGUAUCAGAACAGAAGCCUUACAUAAUUAACAAUCAUAAUUUAUUACUAACGGCAGCUAUUGUAGAUGUAUAUUUAACUUCAAACUUUUGUAUAACCGAUAUAAUUUAUUUAUUUAGAGAUAUAAAAGUUAUUUUAAAAUGUUACCUCAUUUUUACGUUUUGUGUUAUGGUUUCCUAUAAUAGAAAGGUUAGGGUAAGUGACAAUUGCGUUCCACAAUGACAACAACUAACAAGAGAAAAUCCAGCUGUCACCCCCUGACCACCUGAUACAGGCCCUGGAACCUUGUAUAGUUCCCUUUCUGCUUGUUUUGUCACAAGGCAGAUGAAGCAAAAUGAAGUUGUGGGUGAAUGAGCACAUAUGGUAAAUUUAGGUCAGUUCUCUCACCAUGUGCUGUCCCUGUUAAGCAAAUCCAAUUAACCAACAGCAGGGUGUCACUUCAGCAAUGCAUUAAUUAAUUUCCAAAAGAAAAUCGGCAGAAAAGCAGGGCUGGAGAUUACACUGCCAAUUAAAUAAUUGAGUCACGAUGAUUGUGCAAACUAUGAUACCGGUGGAAGUAGAUUGCAAGUCUAAAUAUAACCACACACACCACCACAUACACAGUACUUCAAUUUUAUUGAGACUCCUGUGAUUUGGUGGUUUCUGUUUAUAUACCUGGAAAAUUAAGCUUAUAUCCUCCAAAUACGUACAUCUUUUUAAAAAUUGAUUUUUAGAGAUACAACGUGGAAACAGGUGCUUUGGCCCACAGAGUCUGCACCGACCCGCAUAUUAACACUAUCCUACACACAUUAGGAACAAUUUACAUUUAUACCAAGCCAAUUAACCUCCAAUCUUGUGAAGAAGAAACAGAGCGCUGGAGUGGCUCAGCGCGUCAGGGAGUAUAUCGGGAGUUCAUGGACAGGUGACGUUUUUGGUCGGGAUUGUUCUUCAGACUGGAGCAGCAGCAAUUACAGAGGAGAAGCGGUGUGAGAACAUCUCACAGAUCUCCCGUUGGAGAGGGGAGAACUUCUUCAAAGUUGAAACAUAAAAAGAACAGGUGCAGAGUAAGGCCCUUUGAGCCAGCACCGUCAUUCAAUAUGAUCAUGGCUGAUCAUCCAAAAUCAGUACCCAGUUC